AUUGCCAGCUCAAUCUUGGACAUACAUUUGAAGCAAUAACAUGGAGGACAAUUGAAACUAAGCUAUUAAGCUUUUCCAAGAUUUGUUUCUUUUUCAACUACAAGAUUUCUUGUAACUAGUUCCCUUCACAUUGUUCAAGCCAACAACUGGAAAGAAAGAAAGAAAUGUAUCCUCCAUAUCAAGGCAGGGCAAAGUAUCCAUCUCAAGGCUAUGCCAUGAACAUCCACACCACCCAACCUCCAUAUAUCUCCUCCGCUAAUCCCACCGGAACACGGUGGUCCACCGGCCUUUGCCACUGUUGCGAUGACCCAGCAAAUUGUUUCGUUACCUGCAUGUGUCCUUGCAUUACCUUUGGACAGAUUGCUGAGAUAGUCAACAAGGGUUCAAUAACUUGUGCAGCAAGUGGUGCGGUUUAUGCUCUACUAGGUUUUACAGGCUUACCAUGCCUGUACUCCUGCUUCUAUAGACCAAGAUUACGAGGACAAUACGACUUGGAAGAGGCACCUUGUGCGGAUUGCUUGGUUCACUUCCUUUGUCAGCCAUGUGCACUUUGUCAAGAGUAUAGAGAGCUCAAGAAUCGUGGUUUUGAUAUGGGGAUUGGUUGGCAGGCAAACAUGGAUAGACGAAGCAGGGGAAUCACAGUUGCUCCUGUUGUAGGUGGUGGCAUGAGCCGAUGACUAUGUUACAACCACCACCAAUGUGGACAAGAAGCAUUUCUCUUUUUUUUUUUUUUUUUCUUUCAUUAUUUGAAUUGUGCACACUUCUGCGCAUCUUGAAUCUUGAUGAAUUUAUAUAGUUUCUUACUUUCUAAUCUGAAUUAAUUUCCUCUCCUUAAA